AUGACAACAUACACCCCCCACGACUUCUACGGCGGAGCAAUCAAAGCCCUAAUCCCCCAGAACUGGGUCGACGCAAGUGACGUCCGCGAAAUCCCCUCCCACCAAGAAGUCUUCCUCUCCCGAACAACCCUAAGCUCCCAAAUCACCGAAAUAAACCAACGUGUUACCGACCAUGAGACAGCCACUCUCGAUACUCUGAUCGGCGCACAUCUACAAACUCACCAGCUCGACUCCGACGCAAAAGCAGCACUCUACCAUAUCCACGACGUCUGCGAUGAGGGUGAUAAGCUGGAGAUCGUGACGCCGCCAACACGGGUUUCUUUGGGGAAAUUCUCGGCUGGGAUUGUGGGGUAUCGGGGUGUUGUGAGGGUUACUUCUCCUAAGGGGAGAUCUGCGGCUAGAGCUGGUUCUGGGUCUGGGUCUGGGUCUGGGUCUGGGGUUGGGCUUGGGCUUGGGGGUGCGGUUGCAGGGUCUAGUUCGGAGGGACAACUGACUAGCACUGUGACCUUGUGGUAUUUGGUGGUGAGGUUGGUGGAGCAGGAGACGGAUUUGGUGGUUUUUGUUAAUGUGCCCAGGGAGGAGUUUGAGAAGGCUGGGGAUUUGAGGGGGUUGGAGGCGGAGGAACGGUUGGCUGAGGGAUUGAUUUCGGGGUUGGUGGAUGGGUUGGAGGUUGUUGAUUGGGAUUUGUUUUGUUAG